AGGACCAUGACACCUGUCUACCCCCUAAUGGAGACUACAGCGGCAGCAGCGUGGUCCUGGUUAACCCCUUCUGCCAGGAGACCCUCUUCAUCAACAGAGACAAAGCUUCUGCCAUCUAGAGACAGAACCGGAGAAGACGGGGACUGAGUCUCCUCCUCUACUCCCCCUGCUGUCGUUGUCUAUUUUAUAUAUGUGGUGAAUAUUCAGAGACUUUUGACUUUAUACUGUAUAUUAUAAAAACAAAGAGCAACCUGGAAGGAUGUAAACAGACACUAUUUACUAUGAGGAUGCACCUGCAUAUUUUUCUGAUGUACAUUUUCUACAAAAAGGCUUAAUUGUGAUUUUAAAAAAAAGGUUUUUAUUGUCUUUAUAAAAUAUAGAGUAUAUGUGGGUUUUGUUUCAUGACAGUGGCUUGAUGGCGAGUGCACUGUGGAUGUUGCCACAUUAACCUGCUAGAGAGAGAGAGAGAGAGAGAGAGAGAGAGAGAGAGAGAGAGAGAGAGAGAGAGAGAGAGAGGUGCCAUGAAAACGUUAAAGCUGUAAUUUUACUUUUCCUUUCAAAUCAAUCCCAAAAUACUUAUAGCCUGUUGAACUUGAAUAUAGCACAUACAAUAUUAACUUGGGGGAGGGGGGGCAGUGAUUUGAAGCAAAAUGCUGUGUG